AAAACAGAUCUCUCGCUUACAUACUCCGCCGUCGCCGUCGCUUACAUACUUUGCGGCCUACAGCUACCACACUGAUCUGUCGCCGUCCGUCUGUCUCCGUCGUCGGACAAAACCACCGUCUCCGUCGCUUCUUCUGAUCUGUCUGCGCCUUCAGAUCUGUCUCCGUCGCCGUCACCGUCCCCGUACGUCGCUGUGCCUUCAGAUCUGUCUCUCUCUUUCUCUCUUAAGGGCUUCUCAAUCAAGACCAUGAAUGGAGAGAAUGAUGAAGAUAAUGACCGAAUAGAUGAAAUGGUGCAUGAUGUGCAGGGAGAUUUUAGUAAAAUGCCUCCAGAAUUUAAAAGUGUGUUUGACAAUGUUGAAAAACCUUUGUUCUCUGGUGUACUAAAUUUACUAAGUCAUCUGCUGUGCUUAAAUUAUAUAAUUUAAAAGCAAAGAAUGGAUGGAGCGAUAAGAGUUUCACUGGAUUAUUAGAAUUAGUAAAAGACAUGCUUCCCAGUGAUAAUGAAGUUUCUAAUUCAAUCUACAAAGCAAAGACAACAGUGCCUGAUCAGUCUGCAUCUACCCCUACUUCUCACCAUACAUCUGUGUCUGCGCCUAAAAGAAGAGGCCCCACAACUUGCAAACCACAAUCUACAGCAGCUCUUGGUAAGGAAGAUUAUCCAGGUUCUGUAAGAGGAACUGGUAAACCAGAGGGAAAACAGGGCACAACGAGUGGGGUUGUUAAGGUUGAUGAUAUCAAAGAAGUUAUGGAGAAAUGCAAGCAAGAUAAAAGGGCAAAUAUGCAAUCCAAGAUCAAUAUCAUCAAACAGCAAGCGACGACACAUCUACUUCCAGAAGAUGCUUCGGUUAACUCUCCAAGUGUCCAUGUGCCUUUUGAUCUACCUCUUAUCCGUAGCAGUUGUCAAUCAGUUGAUCCAUACCCAGUUACUACAAUUAAGGAAAAUGUCAAAAUAAGUUCACCAAGACAAAAUAAAAAAAUUAAAAAUCAAAGUGGUGAACUACCUAUUAUUGGUACGCUACCUCCGAUUGUUAGCGAUGAUGUUUUACCGCACUUGGGGGACAAUUGCAAGCAGUUAGUCAAUUUGUUGACAUUAUUACCUUCUGGUGAAGACUACAUUGAUUUGGAGAUAGAUCAAACAAUCUUUCAUCAUAGAAAUGUGGGUUAUGUUUAUGUGAUGAUGGAGGAUAUACAGGAUUUGUUGACGAUGAAUUGGCUUGGCGUCUCAAUUAUACAAGUAUUUAUAUUAUUUCUUAAUCGAUUGUGUAAUGAGUUUGGAGUCACGUCAAUCGGGUUUGCGUGUCCAACUCAGAUUUCAAAGGAUAUGGUUAACUUAAAUGGUGUUGCCGUUACGUCAUAUCUCAUUCAUGUCAUGGAUCAGCACAAGAAUGAACAAUUCAUUUUAGCACCAUAUCAUCAAGAACAUCAUUGGUUACUUCUUGUGAUUUGCAUACGCUCAAGAAGCGUAUAUGUGUUUGAUCCCAAGGCUUGUAAUCGCACCAUUGAAGUUAAACCUUGUGUGAAUAUGGCAUUUCGACAUAUUCCUACGAACGGGCGAGGAACUAGGAUGGUCAAUUGGAAGCAAUGCAAAUGUCCGCAACAAUCGGGAGGUGUUGAGUGUGGAUAUUAUGUAUUGCGAAACAUGUAUGAGAUGGUGACAAAAUAUUCAUCGGUUGAUUGUUUUGAUGAGGUAUUUGAACAAAAUUCGUACUCUAUCAACGAAAUAGAUGAGAUUCGUGACUUGUGGGCGAAACACUUUUUGGAAGAAUGCAUGUAACUUUUUUUUUUUUUUU